UGGGAGGGGAAGGGAUGGGAUGGGAGGGGAUCGUGUAUCUUUAUAACCUUUCUAAUUCUCCUGUGCUAAUCUCAGAGGGGCUACCCCUCAAUAUAUCUGGAUUAUCCGUGUCACUGGGAUGUUUCAUGUUUUGCUCAUACUGUCCACAUAGGUGGGGGGAGAAGAGGGGAGGGCAGGAUAGAGCUCAGGACAAUAACUCCCUCAGCAAUAGAAUAACUCUCAGAAGAAAGGGUCUAUGUUGCUUGUCUUCUCUCAUAUCUGCUGAGUCCUUUUGCUCAACAGCAGAAAUGGGGACUGGAGCUUCUUCACAGUUCCCCAUCCCCAAACAUAGGAAUUCUGGGAGAGGUUUUGAAAGAGGGCAAAUAAUAUACUUUCUAGGGAGGGUGGCAUAGCUAACGUUUAAUAAUAAUAAUAUCCAUAUGGGACUUUAAGGUUUGCAAAGAAUUUUACAUACAUUAUCUCCUUUGAUCCUUACAACAACCCUGUGAGGUAGGAAUUAUCAUUACCCCUGUUUUGCCCAGGAGAAAACUGAGAUUAAGUGAUUUGAACAGUCACACAGCUAUUAAGUGUUUGAGGCUGAAUUUAAAACCAGAUCUUCCUGACUCCAAGUCUAGCACUCUAGCCACUAGACUACCCAGCAUGAGCUACGACUCCAUGGGCUGACUUCUAUAAUUCUGUGAUCUCUAGGACAUCUGGGUAGAAAGACUGCAUUAAAAACAAAAAUCUCCCCCAACACUGUUAACUCUUCUUUAGUAUAAGAUGCCUUUCCCAUAAUUCAUCUUAUCAUUCCACUGCCACUAUUUUCUGUCUUAGAUGGACAUCCUAGGAGGGACCUAGGCAGAGACCCCAGGGUAGGACCUAAGCAGCUUUAACUAGGCCAUGCCAAAAGCCCAGGACACUCCCUGAACAUCUUUAAACUACUGCUCUUUCUAUACCGAGCCCAAUUGCUCAUAUCCUAGACUCCUCCAACCUUGAGCUCAGAGGUCUAACAUAGUUGAAAAAUUGGCCAAGUAGUCAAAAUGAAGGAAAGGAUGAAGAAACUGAGACCGACGUGGGAUUGGAACAGGUCCACCAAAAAGGAAAGUCAUUUAUUUGGAGGUGAUGACCCACAGAGGAAGGAUAGCAUCUUCUCAUGAUUAUCCAUUGGCCUAUAUAUUAGAGGUUGGAUCACUGCAUAGUAGACUGCAUAACCCCAAGUGCCAGGCUAACAGGAAAAGUUUCUCUCACCUCAAGCCUCUGCUGUGACAUCCCCCAACUAGACAUCCCAGGGGAAAUAAUACCACAGACUCCCAGAAGAAUGGAAAAUUGCCUCCAAGGGUAGCCUUCUGGCCUGUCAUCCCCCUAAUCCCUUCCCACUCACACAUUGAACAAACACAGUCAGAAAGAACCAUGCUAACACUCAGACACCCACCUCUGGUGACACAUACCACUCAAAGUGAUACACAGGGACACACCCACACAUCGGUACACUCACAUCCAGCUGUCUCAGGAUAGGCAACAGUGCAAUAUACUGAGACUGGUAUCUAGAAAACCUACACACUCCACAUAUACAGUACUGUUGAUAUAAUCACACACAUCCCACCACAGGCUACCACUAACAGCCUCUCUUGUUCACAAGGAGCUCUUGGUGCUCCCAGGUUUUUCCUAGAACCCAGCCUGAAAAAGCCGGAGUGACAGAGGACAUCACUAGGCACCCUUCCUCCUCCAUUUCCCAGAGCCCUUGGUGUCUCUAUUUUUCUCACCUAACCAGUCUUAUCCUUGUGGAAAGUCCCAGCUUCUUUGCCCUUCCACGCACCUCUAAGAGAAUUGCCACUUUCCAGCCCCCACCCCUUUCCUUCCCCUAUUGAAGUCCAAAGCCAAUAUUGGCCCCCAAAGCAGGAAGCUUUAGGUGUAGUAAUACACUUCCUGAAGAUUCUGCAGCUUACUCCCACCCUCUCCUGACUCCGCCCUAUAGUCCUACCCUGGGGCAUAAAGUUUCUCAUUAGCCCUUAGUUCUUAUCUUGGAGGCUCAGACACCAACACAGGCAUCUCUGUCCUUGGCCCACCCUGCCUGCCCUGAGCUCAGCCCAGAACCAUGGGGAACUGUUUGCAUCGGACAGAAUCCGGGCUUCAGAACUCCGAAAACUGGACCAUCGAUGGUUUGGAUGACGAGUGGGACACUCUGUGGAAUGAGACUUACAACUAUACUGAUGCUGACCUGGACUUGGCUGCUCCUUGCCGUUCCUGUACCCUGUUAGAUAGCUCCUCACUGCCCUUUUUUGCUCUUACUAGUGCCUUGGGCAUACUAGGUGGUGGGGCAUUGCUCUUUGUCCUCCUCAAACCCCUUGCCUGCUGGCACUCAUGCCCAGGCCGGAUCAUUCUGGCACAGCUGGCUGGGGGCAGUACCCUCUUCAGUGUUGUUUUGCCCAUCCUGGCACCAGGGUUGAACCCUAGCCCACACAUCGCCCUCUGUUGCCUGGGACAUGGGCUCUGGUAUGCCUCAGCUUUUGCCCAGGCUCUGCUGGUGUGUGUACAUGCCUACCUAGGUCCUGAACUGUGCCAAAGCUGGCUCCCCAAGCUCUCACUGGCUCUGUGGGGAGUUGCUCUGCUGAUGGCCUUGCCUGUCGCCCUGGCUAGUAAUGUUACCUCUGGACUCUGCACCUUCUUAUUCAGCCAUGACGUGUGGGUUUGGUAUGUGAUCCAUAUCGUGGUCUGCAUUGCUGUUUUCCUCAUUUUGCCCCUGAGCCUAGUUGGGGGAUGGAUAGUACAGAGGGUAGGAGGUGGAGGGCCAAGGCCAAGGGCUAAUGCCCUGUGGGCCUGGUUCCUAUUCUGGUGGCUCCAUGCAGUGAUGAUGGGGUUUGAUGCCCUAGUAAGGUCAGAAGCCUUGGUGAUAAAUAAGUGUUCUGUCCAGCAGACCCUCGAUUUCUUAUUAGAAUCUGCAAAGAUCUUGGGGAUAUUGCAUUGCCUAGCCACUCCAUUCCUGCUGGCACUGUUUUGUCACGGUGUCACCUGGCCCCCCACCAUCAACCUACUCUAGAACUUCCUUUCCCCCACCCCUCAAUCCUCCCGGCCUUAUCCUGACAUCUGGGCAUCAUAGAAGGCAAGUCCCAGUUUUCCCUGCUGCCAAUUGACAUUAAAGUUUGUGCUGCUAUAAA